AUGGGCAAAACUUCCAUUGCCAACGAAUUUGUUCACAGGUAUGAGAAGGAGUUCGAUGCUGUUUUUUGGAUAGCAGCAGACGAGGAGAGCAAACUCUUUAACGGCUUUCGAGACAUCGCUCUAAAGCUCGGCAUUAUUCCAAACACCGAUGGAAAAGACCUUUUAGCAAUCCGGGAAGCGCUUUUAGCAUGGCUCGCCAACCCUCUUAGGUCCUAUGAACAUAUGGAUCACGUCAAACCAGAAAGAGCGUCUUGGCUUAUUGUGUUCGAUAACGUGGAUCGCGCUGAUACGCUUGAGGACUUUUGGCCGAAAGACGCUGCCGGUUCAGUUCUGGUUACCUGUCGAGAUCCGUUAAUCAAAAGCUCGAUCUAUUUGAGGAACACUGGAAGUGUUGUUCCGGAGCUAUUGGAAGAAGAGGGAAUAACCCUACUGCUUCGGCUCACCAAUCGCGAGAGCGAUGAGGAUGAUCUCGAGGCCUCGGUUUUAACAAAUUUCUUGAAUUAUAUUCCGAGGAGGCAGAACGACGAGAGAUUCUUGGGAUCUCAGAAGGACAAUCAGCCUCUCUUCGCAGAAUACAAUCAGACGCUUGGUACUGUCUGGAACCUGGAUGACUUGAAAGAGGGCAGGGCCUUGCUAGAAGUCAUAUCAUUCCUGGAUCCAGAUAGUAUCCCAGAAUCACUUCUAGAGAAGAACCCAGCAUGUAUGGAUUGGGAUCGCUAUCCCAAAACUUCAUUGGAAUACUCAAGUGCUCGUGCCGAGCUACUUUCUAAGUCACUCAUUUACAGGAAUCGGGGCAAGAAGACCUUACGUGUCCAUCGCUUGAUACAAGAUACUGUGAGGACUCAAAUGGAUGAUGCAACAUCCAACGAGGUAUACUCUAGAGUGUUGGAUAUGCUUGGCGCUUGGUGGCCGAGGGUAUUCAAAGGCUUCGGGAAUGUACAAACGGACUGGCAACAAAAUUCUGAGCUCUGGCCCCACGCCCUCUCACUACUCAAGUAUCGGGAUCGUUUUGACCCGGCCGCUGCUGACCUUGCUACUGCGAUCAAGCGGAUGGACUUUGCCCUAGAUGCCUUGAUGUACGUGAAUGAGAUAGCUGCUUCGCCGACAAUUCUGUCUUUCUUCGGCUUCUUGAGAGACGCAGUGACCGAGGAAAACCCAAGUUAUAAGCUGCAGAUGAUCGACGCUAUUUUCCACUAUUGCCGAGGAGAACUCGGGUUGCAUAUCAACCACCGUGAACAUCCUUUGCCCGAUUUCAGCCAAUGUGUCAAGCAACUAGAUAUCCUACUAGAUGACGAUGCCAAGAAAGCUGAUCCAUUGUUUGGGGUCGCAGUGAACGAGCUCGGUUGUGCCUACUUGAUGAAUUGGCAUAACGAAGAAGGUCUGGCUGAGUUUGAGAGGGCAGUCACUAUUCUUCAGAACCUGAGUCACCCCUCAGCACAGGAGAUUACUAUGGCACAAAUCAAUGUGGGAUUUGUUUAUGACUACCUUGGACGGUACGACGAAGCUUUGCAGAUCUUUGACGUUGCAUUGAAGGACCGUCAUAAAAAGCUUGGCCGGGACUAUUAUUCCUCGUUUGUGAACGGAAAAUUGUACUUGGGCUGGGGGAAUGUUUUGGCCGCACAGGGUCGGCUAGACGACAGCUUCAAACUACACGUCAAAUGUCUGGAGCAUUACAAGCGUUCAGUUGGCAAUUCACAUCAUCGAACAGGUGACGGAUGUGUAAAGGCUUCGGACCAUUUUGCUCGCACGGGAGACGGUCCUACGGCAUUAGCAUUGCUUGACCAAGCCCUCAAGAUCUUCAACCUUGAUACAUAUCACAGACCAGAAGCUGCUAGAGCUCACUACAAGAAGGGGAAUGUCAUGAAGCAGAUGGACCAAGAAGAGGAAGCCAGCAAGGAAAUGGACACAGCACUCGACAUCUUUAACAGCUUUGUUCCUCCUGAAGACUGUGUUGGAAGCAUUGAUGAACUGGAUGAAGAGGACUUUGAUCAUUGGAUCAUGUUUUGGUCUCGUUGA